GCCUGCUUCUGUACCACCAUGGGUGACGCCCAGCCCGCACCUCGUUACUCAAUACGCUGUCCUCCAAGAAUCUCAGCUAAUUUCUCUCUGAUCGUUGUUGUGUUGGCUUUUCUGCUUCUUCUUCCUGUCGAUGCCUCGCUUGCCGGGACAUUCGCAGAUGGAGGCAACACGCAAGUUUCUGCAAUGAUGAUGUUCGUCGGAAACGACGAAAAAGUUUAUAUUCUGGACAAAGCAGAAGGCAAUGAAGCUCAGAUCAAUGGUCACCCUGCGUGGGCGUCAGUCUACGACAUAAACACCCACAAGGUUGUUUUGCAAGAUGUUCCAACCAACACGUUCUGUGCUUCAGGGAUGCAUUUGCCCAAUGGCAGUUUCGUCACAUUUGGCGGCAAUGGAGCCAUUGGUCCAGGAGGUGGUAUAGGCUCGGUCAAGAAUCCUGGGGGAGCAUCUGGCUCAUGGGACGCUGUUCGCUCUCCACCUUCCUUAACCUUCCAGAUCACGCUGACGCGCCAAAUCCAGAUCUACCAAGAUUUCGACGGUGCCAAAGCUAUCCGUAUUGUCAACCCUUGCACCAGCUCCGACGAUUUCUCUUCCCCCAAAUGCCAAUGGUAUGACCAGCCUGAUGUACUCUCCAUGCAGAGGAAACGUUGGUACUCCGCUGCCGAACCUUUGGCGAAUGGGACCAUCGUCAUCAUCGGUGGCUUUGUGAACGGUGGAUAUAUUAAUCGAAACUACCCCAACAAUGAUCCCACUUACUCUGGUGGAGCUGCUGAACCGACCUACGAAUUCUUCCCUUCCAAUGGACAAACGCCACAACUCAUGAACUUCAUGACUAAAACGUCUGGACUCAACUCCUACGCGCAUACUUUUCUGCUCGCCUCUGGGAAUGUGUUCGUGCAGGCUAACUACUCAACCAUGAUUUGGAACCCAGACACAAACACAGAGACGGCCCUACCAGAUAUGCCCAACCAGGUCAUCAGAGUCUACCCUGCAUCGGGCGGUGUAGCCAUGCUUCCGUUAACCGUGGCCAACAACUAUACCCAGACCAUUUUGUUUUGCGGAGGCUCUGAUAUGCCUGAUGCGGACUGGGGUAACUACGCGAACCCUGCAAUCAACACCUGGGACUACCCCGCUUCGAAGGACUGCCAACGGAUCUCUCCCGAAACGACAGGGACAUACCAGCAGGAUGACCCUAUGCUGGAGGGUCGUACUAUGGGGCAAUUCAUUAUCUUGCCGACGGGUAAACUCCUUAUGAUCAACGGCGGAUUGAACGGAACGGCUGGUUAUGCAACUGCAACAGGACAAACGAGCAGUUAUGCCGCUAUGCCAUUUGGAAUGUCUCUUGCGUCAGGCCCAGUCGGAACACCCGCUAUCUAUGAUCCGAACGCACCCGCUGGGAGUCGAUGGUCGAACGCAGGUCUCUCAGCAUCAAAAAUCGCCAGGCUCUACCAUUCAACUGCGAUCUUGCUUCCCGAUGCUAGUGUGCUGGUUGCUGGCUCGAAUCCGAAUGUCGAUGUCAACUUGACGACGGUAUACCCGACGGAAUACCGCGCAGAGAUAUUUUACCCGCCAUAUUUCUCAGCAACCACGCGGCCUGUACCUACAGGCAUUCCAUCCACAAUUUCUUAUGGCGGAAACUCGUUCGACAUCACCAUUCCUGCUUCCAGUUACUCUGGUUCGGCUGACUCCGCGGCCGACAACACCACGGUGGCAUUGAUACGUCCAGGGUGGACGACGCAUGCCAUGAAUAUGGGACAGCGAUAUUUGCAACUGAACAAUACCUACACUGUCAACAACGAUUCCAGUAUCACUCUGCACGUGUCACAAGCGCCAUCUAAUGCAAACCUCUUCCAACCUGGCCCCGCAUUCGUAUUUGUCGUUGUUAACGGCAUUCCAAGCAACGGAACCGCAGUCAUUGUUGGUAGCGGGACUAUCGAAACACAGCCGACAAACCCCCAAGCUAUACUUCCCAACAAUAUCCAGUUGGCCUCGGCUACUGGCUCUGCUGAUAAAUCGUCGACAAGUUCUGGCAGCAAUAGCUCCACUGCCCCCAAUUCUCCGUCUUCCGACUCGUCCAACUCGCAUGUUGGUGCGAUUGCAGGAGGCGUGGUGGGGGCGGUAGCCGUUCUCGCGCUACUUGGUGCGGCUUUGCUUUGGUACACCCGACGAAAACGGUCAGGCGCACGUGUCCCUUCUCCGACGCGACCCUAUCAAUACACGGCUACUCUGGGAGGGCCAGAAUCUGGGCUGGGAGCGAUGGGAGCGUUGCAUUCCGAGGCGGCGUCGACAGCAGCACUGCCCACACUCAGUGGUGGUUAUAAGGACAUGCCUUCGGACUACGAACCACCUUCAAUGCAACGCUUUGCGGAGGGCUCGACAUCGAAAGACAGUACCGGAAUGAGCGGCCACUUUGACCCAUAUAACACACCACCGAUGGCAGAGAGGCAUUGA